AUGGAAGACGCGGACUUCGUGGCUGAUUCCGACGAAGAAGAGCGGGAGAUGCUCGAAGCUCUGGCGCUGGCUGAAGAGCGAUACCAAUUUGAUCAUCAAAGCACUGAACCCACUGCAAGAUUUGAUUACGAAAGGGUCGAAGCUCUCGACGCGAAACGGGAACAAAGGCAACAAGCAGUUAAGUGGACAGUUAAAGAGCAUGAUGCCAAUCAAACAGUUGGAGAGCAGCACUUGCUAUUGAACGUUGCAACAGAUGUUGAGCACGAUAAAGUUACUGGUCGAACAGUUGGAGAGCAACCGCAAGCAAACGGUAAAUCAGUUGGAGAGCAAAUUCAUGAACCGGUUGUCACGGAUAAAGAGCUUGAGGGCCAACAGGAUGAAGACGAGAGCGACCACUGUGUGCUAGCGGUGAAGACGUUAGUGGAGGUGGAAUCGCGUACGUGGCCAGGUAUUAACAAGUUGGGAGGUGCUGGGUGGAUCGAGCGUGUCCACCGAGAAGGCGUGUCCGAGGACGUUUUCUAUGAUGUUCGUUACGUGUUGGGUGGCUUUGAGCGCCAUAUUGAAAGCAAGUGGGUUCACUCGUCGGAGCUGUUACACAAACACUCGAACCGGGAAAAAGUGGAUCGAGAUUAUUAUCACGAUGAUUUUAUUAAUAAGCCGCAUGAGAGGAAGCAGCGAGAAGCUGAAAGGUGGAAACGCAUAACGACUCGCAAUGAGCAACAGACCUUGCGUCCGAGAAAACGGGAGCUUCCGAAUCGUGCUGAGUGUGUGCUCGAUAGGCGGCAACAAUAUCGAAGUGAAGCAAAAGAGAAACGUCGAAAAGUGUCCAAAAUUGAUGAGGAGAUGUUUGUGCUGCUAAAAAAGACGGACAAGUCACUGAGACCGUCAAGUCCUUUGCAUAAUGAAAGUGAACAAUCAGCGGUCGAGGUACAGAGCCCCGUAGUGGAACAAUGUAGACGAAGGCGGAACCGUAUUUUGGACAGCAGUGGUGACGAGAAUAGGGAUGAUGGCGGUGCGAGUAGUGACCAAAGUGGAGAUUUGAACCGACCGGAACUUGUAUCGUUUACGGACGCGGAUAGUAGCGAAUCACGGGUCGGUUCAAGGCUGGACGGUGGUGGUCGUGAGGAUGCUACGCAACAACAGGAGCUAAAACCGAAGCGUCGGCGUUACAUCGGUGGGUAUGAAAAGCACGGAGAAGAUGCUGAUGUCUUGUUUAUUCAACCGGAAGGUAAUCCAGCUGAUCUUCCGGACGACGUCAUUCGAGAAACUGGACUACAGCUGGCGAGUACGAAAAAGGGCUUAAUGGACCAACUCAGAGACGUAUUUGCGCAGCAGCAGAGGAAUAUGGCCAGCUUUCACGAUGAGCAGAGGAUAGUGAACCAGCAAAUCAAAGAUCUUGUGGAGAUGCCAAUAGAUACUCUCUGUGUUUUGCACAGUAAGAUACGCGACUUGCGACGAUACGUGACAAAGACACUGGUCAACGCAGGCGAGGAUGUGAUGAAUACGAUCAUAGGUAAUCUCCACGCAAAGCGCGGGUCGCCGCCUAGCGCACUGGAGCGGCUCGAGUGCGAUUUUGACGCCUGGCAGUGCAAAUUAAACGAGUGUUCUUCAUGGGCACAAAAUGUCGAGAAAGCUGUCGAAAGUGCGUUUGCAAGACGCGGAGAAGAAAUUAGAGAAGAGGGUGAAGACCAGGCUGCGCGUUUAUCAUUUGAUAGUGAUGAAUCAAGCCACUCCUACGGACACGAAAACGCUACCAUAGCAUCAGCUGAGUUGGCGAACGCGGAGACCGCGGCAUACAGCAAUGUUGCGUUUGAACGUCUGUCUGAUGACGAAUCAAACAAUAACAACGAUUCGGAACAAGUGGGUACCGAGUCUGUACGCGUGCGAAGGCAAAAAUCGCGUCGACAAAAAUUUUGUCGAACUGCAGCACCGCAGCACCGCAAAGAGGUGACAAAAAGGUUGACUUUGAGCGACUAUUUUCCUCGUCAAGGGUCAAGCGCUGAUCUCUGGUCAAAUCUUCGAGUUGUUGGCCGACAAGCGACAAAAAGUCCGACUGAUCCUCGCUGGAAUUGGCUCAAAAUGGCUCGAAAGAAGCAGCGUUGUAUCAGGAGCGGCAGUAGGCCGCGAACACAUGUGUCAUCAACCAAUUUAGCCCUCGUAAACAAGGUCCAGAAGCAACGUUUCAACAAUGCGUUUAGCCAUGACGACAGCAUGUGCAUUCAAGCACAACGAAUGCGCCUUCGCAACGAGCGGUUCCGUGCGCAGCCAUCAUCACAGCAUAGGCCACACGAAUCGUUGUAUACUUUUCAAAGGGUGGAGAGUACGAGCCAGUCCGUGAUCCCAGCUGGUCUACCGCUUGCUGAGACUCCACAAGGAAGGAUGUUGCAGGCAGCUGGAUCGGGAAAACCUACCGCAUAUCCGAGCAGUGCGGAGCAGUUUCCUAUAAAUUGGGACACCGUUUUCGAGGUCGUGUCAAACAAUUUUAUCGCAUCGACGGAUGGGGGCACGUUUGCUACUAUGUCGCACCUAGAGCAAGCAGGUUUACUCGCAUUCGGUUACGACAUUUGUGGUUCUCCAAGUCCCCAUCACAUACUGUGUGACGAAGGAUAUGAGCUUGAUGACUCUGACCGUGUUUGUAGAAUUGUCUCCCAUCGAGUAGCUUCCCUUCGUCAACUUGUGAAUAAUCUUCGGUUGCAGGAAAACAGUUUUAUGGACUGCUUAUCGAUGGAUGGACUAGAUGUUGCAGAAGAGGAUUAUGCGCAAGCAUCAGAAUGGCUUUCGCUGAUCUCACUUGAGGAAGCAUACCACUCGGCAAUUGCUAAAUUUGCUGUCCAAGUAUUGGCGGAUCUGGAUACGAUCGAUCCGUCUAUCUUACCAAACUACCUUACAAUAACCUUGGGUGAAAUCGCAACGUUGAUUCGGCAGCUACCCGACUGUGAUUCCUUAUUCAAUGGGUGCAAAGCGUAUUUCUUCUUUUUUGAGGUAGCUUCGAGAAACACAACAACGACGCCGCUUUUGACCGCGAUCUCGCGGGCAUUUUGGUACUGUCUGAAACUGCUGGUGGCCAUUCAAUCUAAGUGUGGAAGGCUGGUUGGACCAUGUGCGACGACUAAGAAGGAGAUCGAAGAUACUCUAACACGGACAUUGCCGGUCAACAGGGUCAUUUUGGCUGUAGUGCUCUUCUUAUUUGACUUGUAUAUUUACCUUCCGUCUUCUCACCGUUUGACGGCCGCAGGGAAAGAUCGGUUAACGUGUGGUCAGCUCCCGUUUCUGUCGCUGUGGAUGUUAGUUCGUACUUGCUGCACAAGUUCGACUGGUCUGGACCAGUCCCGCCAAGAUUCUACUGUGGCAAGAGAGAAGCGUUUCUGGGCCUUGCUGCAAGCAGUGUACCGGCAACAGUAUUUCAACGAGCUAGCUCGUUGCUUCGUUCGCAGCGAUUCUUGUGGAGGAUAUCUGCGACACGAUGCGCCUAAAGCUACUGAUGGUGAUAGUACCAAGGAACACUGCGACGAAGUUUUUGAGAGCCAGCUAUUGGCCCUCGAUGCAGCUUGGAACCUGUUUUUUGUGCUAGUUCAAAUUUAUACCGAUGAUGAUACUAAUGGACACGAAGAGGCAGUGUGCGAUGCAAAAUGGGCUUUUGUCAAAGACCUCCUUCACCCGGACAAGCGAGAUUUUCUCCCGUUCGACCUGUCCCACAGUCAAUGGAUUAAUUUGCAGUCUGGUUAUCGACAACGUGCUGAUGUCCACAAGCAGCGCACAUUACAGCGUAUCAUUCUGUUGUCGAAGCUGUGGCGUCCGUGCAAAGAUAUCGUUGAGACCGUUUCGCGUCUGCUCUGGAGGGACUAUGCUGAACCACGUUGCUCGGAGGACAUUGUCGAGCUACCAAUGUUUCUGAAGCAAUUCAUCACUCAUUCCAAUGAUCUUGGGAACUCGAGACCAAGUCUUGCUGCGUUUGCUGGCGAGACCAGUUAUGAUAGUGAAGACCAGACAACGAUGUUGUGCAAGAUUAUCUGGAUCCAAAUUUUGAAACUUGAAAAGCGCGUUCAUCGCAGCCGCUUCCAGCGCUCCGUUUUGAAUGCAAUAUCUGAUAUUUUGGACAGCCGUGAUACUUCACAGGGGCUUGCACAGUCUGAAUCAGUCAAACAAACCGAGCUGAACGGAUUGGAGCAAGAGUGGAAAUGGGGUCGUCUAGAACACCGUACGCCGGCUAGUAUCCACCCAGCUAAUCAACCGAUGGUAUCUCCACAGCAAGCUCCUGCGGGUUUUGAAGCUGGAAAGGAACAAAUGAGUGUUGCAGUGCUGCUCACAUUCGCUAUUGCUGGAGUCUGUAUAGAAUGUGGUGACUGCGAGCGCUUUCCAGUCCAUCGAUCGGAUAAGGACGUUCGAUACAUGGAGCGAGAAGUGGACUUUUACUGCAAGGAAAUCUUUCGUCAGACGUCGAAUACACUUGAUCGUGCAGUGCUCGCGAGUCAGGCGCUCUAUAUACUAGGCGCUCUCCUUUUGGAAAAGAACUGCACCGAAUUCCCCUCAGUGUUUCGAAGUCUAAAUGAUCGACUCGAGUCUUCCAUGAAAAUUCUGCAAGCAAGUCCGUCUCUUGCUAUUCCGAAAAGGCCAGCAGCUACUCGUCUAAAGACUGCCGGCACGCACGGCCUGCACAAGAGUCGCCGAAGAUUACAGUGUGCUGCUAUGUCACCGCUCUACCAAAUGCGUGAUCUGGUCAAGAAACUACUGGAUAUACCAAUGUCUGGUGUGAGAGUUGGACCUGCGUACGGACCUGCAGUGGAGAAGAGUCUUGAGCACGUUUUUAGCUCUGGUAUGGAAUUAUGCCUGCACGGUGUUCUCCAAAAGACCGUAGCUGUCAAUGACUUGAAGAUUGCGAUGGAGAUAUUUUAUCUUGUGCUUCCGCGCGCACCGGAUACGCCGAAGCAAUGUCUCACAUGUGAGUUUGAUGAUUUUAAUGAUGAGGCGUUUGCGACCUUUGACCUCGAAGCUGCGAUCGCUGGAUAUGCUACUACACCUGUUCCAGUAUGGACAGUAAAAGAGUGCAAAGAUAAAGUGAUCCAGCUGAUCACGUGCAACUUGCGAGGUGUAUUGCAGCAGCUUGUACUCAAUUACCCCCCAAGCGCCGCUCCAGCGUUUGACGAAUUGUAUGCGGUGGAGUUACUGGGUAUGAUGAUUUCAACAUGCGGGGCUCAAUCCUUUUGGAGCAACGUAAUGUCUGCGGUGCUAAAGAAUCGGAAUGUUGUAUCACGCGUGUUGAGUGCUGCUUUGAAGUACAAUUCUGAAAAGGAAUGGCUUGGUAGGGUCUUCUUGAGGGAAAGAGGAUCCGAUCAGGAACUCAUUGCAGCAUGGCUGGUGGGAACGUUGGAUGUUCAUUCACUAAAUUCUGAACCGAUUCCAUUUCAGGUGGGUGAUGUGCCUUUCGCGACAAGAGACUCAAGGAUGUCUCCAGUGACAGAUACAAAUCCGACCACGUUUUCCACCAUCAGGUAUUCUGACUCCUGGGUCAUGCUAUCGGAUGGAAUUAUUUACCAUAUGCGCCGCGAACAGCCAGUCGGGCUGUGCAAUGUUGACCGACAGCUACUGCAGAUAUUACGUGACGUAGCGUCCACGUGCAAGUUUCCGGCAGAAGUAUCUGCCAACGACGGCAAACUCCACGAAGCUUCGAAAUUGUAUGAUCUUCAUCUGGAUGUGUUCCAGUCAUUUUGUAGAAGUGCCGGCUCGAUAUGGCGUUCGUACGUAGUUGCGCCUGUAGAGAACUGGGAUGAGCUGAACAAGUUCCGUGCGAAGAUGGUGAACCCUCAGUUUGGAAUCUUUGUAUCGUUUCUUGAGGCAUUCAAAAUGAACUUCCGACGCAUCUGUGGUCAGAUUGACCAGAUGAAUCACAGCUGGCAUUCGUUCGCCGAGUUGUUCCUUCGCCAGCAUGGCGUAGGAAUAGGAACUAAUGACGGACGUUCGAUCCACGAAAUGGAUGAUACAAUGACGGCUACAGACGAGAGGCUAACGGGGCUGACAACGAUGUUCCGCUUCACGUAUCAGUGCAUGGAUGCAUUGUUGUUUUAUUGUGGUGACAUGGCGAUCGGAGACACUAAUCUUUUUUUCGACGCAAUGGAUUUAUUGUUCCGUCAAAUGAACAGUGCUGAGUACCCGCAAGCAAUUAAACGCCUGGAGGAUCAACGUUUGUUGGGCCAGCGAAAUGUGUUGCGCAACGUAAACGACGAUCUCCGCAAAGGUUUUUGUUCGCCUGCUGUAAGGUUUGUCGACAGCGUUCAGUUGUUUUUUGCACGACAAAAGUACCCGAGCUUGUUGCAUUGGUUUGCACAGACCUCCGACAUCUACCAAACUUGCAGAGGUGGAUGGCAGCGAUCCCCUUUGAGAACUUUGUUGAUGAACAUCUUGGAUCCAGAUGGGCCUCUUGGGAUCCAUAGCUACUAUGGCGUUUCGUGCGAAUUGAGUCUUGAUGUGAGGACAGUUCGCCGCGAAGCAUUUUAUCUGUCGUGCGGUCUGUUCAAUUGUCGAUGUACAAGAUCUUUCGAGCACUCUCGAGUCGAGCCUUCACUGACGUCGUGUGCUCGCCUCCAGCAGCUUCGGCAACUUGUUUUGAAUGAUUUUAUGAGGGAAACGUUCGUCUUUGUGCUACAAGAAGACGCAACGACUUUGUUGGAAACGAUGGUACCUCUGUGUCAAUUUGUACGCGGUGUCCUGAAUCAUGCCAAUCUGAACAUGAGCAACUCUCGCGAUCAGCAAGUCGCUGGAGAUGGAAGUGAAUACAAUGAGAGUCGCUCUACACACCACGAUUUUCAGCUGAGCGAGCUCCAGCCAUGCUUGGAAUGGAUGGUUGCAUGCUUCAUCAAGCUUGUACCUGCUGUAAACAGCACAAUCAGCUGUGUUUUGAUGAUCGAAUUAGGCGGCAUCGUGUGUGAAGCAGUUGCGUUCAAUCAGUAUCGGCCGACGUUGGAGUUGAUCGACUUGGUUGAGCUUGUGCUCUCUUAUCUGCACACGAUUUACGUGGCACUGUCGAAGUCGAUGUCAGCUACCGUCAACACUGUAUUUACUCCGAGCAUUGCAACAUCGCCGUUGAUAAAGCUAAGUGAAUAUCGGUUCACUGAUUCUGCUUUCCGUGAGAUUGUGGUGGAUGAAAGUUAUUGUCAAGUACCGGAUCGGCAACUGGACUCAUAUGGAAUUGACAUGGCACAAGCAGCAACAGAUCUCCUGGCUGCGAUCAAGCGUGUCGCUCAACACUGCCAUUCGUCAUCAGACGAGCGACUGCAGAGUUUUACAACGUUAUAG